AUGCGGAUACCGGAAGACCUCCAAGUACCACUGGAGAAUAACCAAGUACCAGUAAAUUCCUAUGUCACCAGGCUACAUAAUAAGUUGCGUAUUGCAGCCGAGGAAGCGCGAACACACUUACGUGGAUCCCAAAACCGACAGAAGGACCAUUAUGACAAACUUGCCCAUGGGUGCCCAUAUGUUGUUGGUGACAUCGUAUGGCUCAGAGAACAUACAGCCCCGCAAGGAAUACCGAGUAAAUUUGUGUUAGACUGGUCUGGUCCGUACACUGUAACCAAGGUGAUCUCUGACACGACCUGUGUGAUUCAGGACCGCGAGCGACCUUUCGCGGCGGAAAUUACCGUCCAUUUUAAUCGACUAAAGUUGGGAGAGAGACCGGAUGCAUUUGGUUCCGAAGAUCAAGGAAAUACCGUCUGUGAUGUCGAUCGUGACCAAGUUGGAAGGAUCGUUGAAAUCCCACCUGAGGGUGGGGACGAGUUUGAAGUACCCUUUAGCGACAGGCGGCACAAUGUUGAAGACCACAAGUCAAUGCUGAAUGACGUCAGUCGAAACGAGGGCACAGCAAUCGCUGAGGACAGCGACGUCUCUAUGGAGGAGGGAUUGAUGUAA